AUGCCUACUGAUAAGAGUGAUCAAGACUCCAUGGAGAAAGGAGUAGCUACGGGCCAGAUCAAUCAUUUUUGUACUCCCGCUAGCCUUGAUCCAGUAACCUUGCAGCCAAUUAAGCCUGAUGGCAUGACACAGGAAGAGUUUGAACGCACAUUGCCUGAUAAAAAGACGGAACGAUAUCUGGCAUAUAUUCGGGGGUUGAAGAAAAGAAAGUCACCGGACGACUUCACGUCGCAUAUCAGUAAGUCGAAUGGAGCGUUAUGGCCAUGGCCAAGAACUAAUCAUGAAUGCUUAGUUGACUUGCGCCCUGACGGGUAUCCUCGCCUGGCAGAGGUCAUCGCCUGCAAAGAGGAUUUUAUGAUGUAUCGGAGGUUCGGCCAUUUACAAGCACGGCUGCUCCUCAACAAGCAAGACGAAUUGCGAGCUCUCGAAGUGCGAUUAGCUCAUCUGGAUGAAUGCUUCGAGAACGAGUAUCCUGAUCGAAAUUACUCUCGCGAAAGAGCUCAUGCCGAAAGUGUAGAUUACAAGGAUCUCCUCGCUAUGAUUGAGAAGGAAAUGAAGGAGUAUGGUCAGUCAGAUCUGCUGCUAAGCAUAAGAAGUAAUCUAAUAUAAGGGGGUUUUUGCAGCCGAGCUGCUAACAUUCGCACAAACUUUUGCGAAUUUCGAUCGGCCAAUGACAAGCGAUUACCUCCAAUUCAAGAAUUACCUCGAUUACAAGAUACAGCUGUGCGCGCGAGAUCAAGAUUAUAUCGCCAAGCGGGACGACCUCAUAACCCUUAAGCCUAGUCGCGAAAAUACUUGGUUGGAUACAAAAAUUGAAGGAAUACCACAGCUCAUGCCUUGUAAGGUGACUAGAGUGGGUAUCCGCGAUGAAUAAACAUAGAUACUCAGGCAGGUACUAACUGUAUUACAGUAUAUAUUCUCUACUACUGUCUGUAAUGUCCUCCAUCCAUAUCAAAUGAGUUACGCUGACCCUCUCUGAUCACUGAUCAGGAGCUCCAACAGAAGACAGAUUCGAAAGAUUCAAAUAUAAUCCUCUCAAGUCCCGACCGUGUCAAUGUAGUGGUUACAUUGAUAAUACUCGCCGCAAUCUUACUUCUUCUGAUUGUGCCGGUCUACCUUCUGUGGUUUAUAAGUAACCUUAACACUUCGAGACCACUCAUAGGGGUUCUCAUAAUGUUGCUCCUUCUUUUCACUCUGAUAUUUUCAGGUGUAUUGGCAGCUUUUACUAGGGCAAAACGACAUGAAAUCAUUGCCGCUGCAGCUGCGUAAAUAUUUCCUCCGACAUAUCGAUGUAUACACUAACGAGUUAUAGUUACUGUGCGGUACUCGUGGUGUUUGUCGGAAAUGUUGGGCAGAUCAAUUCUAAAAACGGGACUUGAAGAUUCUCGCAGAUAUAGAGCAGAACCGAGAUUUGCCCUAUUUUAAAGAAUUUGAAAGAAGCGAGCUCCGAUCUAUCAAAGGAAGUGAAGAGAGAGAAAAUGGAUGAUUUUGGACUUGAUAUGCUUGGUUGGGAAGUGUCGAAUUGUUUAUUUUCCUAAUUUAUGAACCACCCCCGCCAUGGGCAUUAUAUCACACAGCCAGUUUAAAUAAACGGCCAUUAGGUUCAGCGGUAAUGAGUCCAAGUAC